GUCACAAGUCACGCUCUCGGUGAAUGGCAGUGAGCGUGCGCAUUCGUGGACGUGGCAGUGACGUUACGCACACCGGAAGCGGUAAGGACUGAAGUGAAACCCCGACCUCCGUAUCGUCGACAAGCCGGGAAUACUGGAAAAAAAACGACGAAAUGAUACAGUUACCAUGAUGUGCGGAGUCGCUGGACAACAGUCAGCACUUUCAAGCUUUUAGUAACAUCUCAAGUCUGAAGUGUCUGCUUUGGCUUCAUAAAGGCCCCAACAGAGAGUUUCACAGCAGCCGGAUCACUUCAGAUUCACUGUCACAUAUACACAUCCUGAUACCGCUGAGGGAAGGAGGUUCUGCAGCAUUAUUAUGACGUGUCGGGACCGCACACUUGAGUUCCAGUCGGCUUGUAAGUCACUGCAGGGGAGACAGUUACAGAAUGGGACUCAAAAUAAACCUGCCAUUAAUGCCCUCAAACAGCGCAGUGACUUCACUCUUAUGGCCAAGAGAAUUGGGAAAGACUUGAGCAACACAUUUGCCAAGCUUGAAAAGCUUACAAUUUUGGCCAAAAGGAAGUCUUUGUUCGAUGAUAAAGCAGUGGAGAUUGAGGAGUUAACAUACAUUGUUAAACAGGACAUCAACAGUCUGAAUAAGCAGAUAGCACAGCUGCAAGACCUCGUACGAUCCCGCAGUGGGCAAAAUGGCCGUCACAUCCAGACACAUUCCAACACAAUUGUUGUAUCCCUGCAGUCCAAGCUGGCAUCAAUGUCAAAUGAUUUCAAGUCAGUCCUGGAAGUGAGAACAGAGAAUCUGAAGCAGCAGCGCAGCAGAAGAGAGCAUUUCUCCCAGGCCCCCGUCUCGGCCUCUCCUCUGCUCACCAAUAACUUCAACAGCUCAGUUCUGAUGCAGGAUGAGUCCAGGAGUCUUGGAGGAGAGGUGGCCAUCGAUAUGGACUCUAGAGCAAACCCUCUGCAGCUGCAGCUCAUCGAUGAACAGGACUCGUAUAUACAGAGCCGAGCGGAUACCAUGCAGAACAUUGAGAGCACCAUUGUGGAGUUGGGCUCCAUCUUUCAGCAGUUGGCGCACAUGGUCAAAGAGCAGGAAGAGACGGUUCAGAGGAUCGAUGCCAAUGUGGAGGACACCCAGCUGAAUGUGGAAAUGGCCCACACUGAGAUACUGAAGUACUUCCAGUCCGUCUCCUCCAAUCGCUGGCUCAUGAUCAAGAUAUUCCUUGUUCUCAUCAUCUUCUUUAUCAUCUUUGUGGUCUUCCUCGCCUGAGAAGGAUCGACCCCGAGCAUAAGGAGGGAUGAAAAUGGAGCCAAAGGGUUUGAAGGAGGGAGGAUGGACUAAUGGACUUAAGUCCACAGGCAAUGGACUUAUGGGCGAAUGUGCAAAAUCACAAGUGGACUGGACUCUUUGGGUUGGGCCGGGGGGCGGGGUUUGGGGGGGGUUCUGAUGCUCAUUAGUGGGUUAGUCAGAGUAUCUUGAGUCAGAUGUUAAUUCUGUCACUCUCUUACUCUGGAGAGAGAUGGAGGAUGAUGGAGAUGCUGAUGAAGGUGGAGAUUUGCUGUGUAUUUAAAUAGAGAGGAGGGUGUUCUGAUUCACUUUGUUCUCUUUAAGCUUCAUCUACAUCUGCAUUAAUAUUCAAGCCUUCGUUUCUUAUUAAUAAUCGCAUAUUAAAAGAGAAGGCUUUUUCCCAAGUGGUUUGAUUCUCCAAACUGGUUUAGUUUUUUUCGCAGUGUUGUCAGUAAUCAGCUAUAACAUUUUUACAGUAAAUUAAAUGAGACCUGAUUCUCCUCGUAAAAUAAGCCUGAUAAUAAUAAUUCCCCCAUUAAUCUUUAUUAAUGUGUUUUUAUAUCAAAGACAUGCAAUUAUUUGCCAUUUAUGGGUGAAUCUCUAACAAAGAAAUAUCAGAGUUAUAUUUCACCCCAAAAAUUGCAAGGGAAAAAUGAUUUAUAAUUAAUUUAUAAUUGUAUUUUUAUAAUUAAUUAUAUUUUGAAAAAGUGAUGUCUGUUUUAGGACCAUUAUGGCAUUUUUUCAUGAAAAUAAGUUCUUAUAUGUAAUGUGAAAUAAUUGCUGUAUGAUAACGCUAAUCACUAUAUCUAACGUGAUCUUUUUAGUUAUUAAUUACAGUAUAAAUUAAAUUCUUACCAAUGUUCUUAUAAAUGUGCAAAUACAUUUAUAAUUGAAUUUAUAAAUUUAUCAACAUUCAUGGGAAUUUUGGAGGGAAUUGUGCUUAGUAUUAAAAUAAUGCCACAAUGCAAAAAAAUAGACUACAUUUUCCUUUUUGGGUGGUGAAAUAGAAGUCUGACACUUUCAUGAGAUUCUCCCUUCUAGUGUUAAGGCCGUCUGAUUUCAGGCCUUGUAAAUAUGGGGUCUGUAAUAUUAUAUACGGUUUAGAAACUUUCAGGUUCUUUUUCUUUUCCUUUUUUUCUUUGAGUUUGAUUCUGCCAAAUACACAAAGAGGGGUUAGAGGAAGUUGCCUGGUCUUAUGAUUUUACUUUGUGCAGGAAUAAACAAGGUGCGAAUGAAGACCAGUGUUUUGUACAGUACUAUGAAAUUUAAAACCUAUCGGUACUCACUGGUUUCUUUCAUCUGUGUGGAGCAACUUUGGCCUGAUGAACUACUGGCCACAUGCACAAAGAACUGAAGACCAGCUCCUUCAAGCUGCGAUGCUGUGAAUAAUGAAACCGGAGAGGGAGCUGGCAGAGAUGAUGUUUUCUUCAUUUAGAAGCAGCGUUUUCAAGGUCAAACUCUCUAAUUUUGUAAAUCACAGACUUCCUUUCUCCCGCACACGCCACAUAAUCUCAAAUCAAACUCAUGAACGAUGUACAGUGUAAUAUUUAAUGAACACUUUUUAUGAAGACUCUUGUUUCCAGGCUUUUUUUUAGCUGAACGGUCUGCAUCUCUUGUAUAAACUGGACACUGUUGUAAUGUAAGGACAAACAGUACAUAUUAAAACACAUCUGAGAAACUGA